GGGACUUACCUCUGCUUUCAUUUAAUACAAUUCUGAUGCACAGAAUCAAAAGUCCAAGCGUAAACUUUGUCAUGUGGGGUAAACACAACAAAAACAUUUAUUAUUUGCAGCAUUGUUUGUUAAAAUGGCACAACACUAUUGAUGUAUUAAAGAAAAUAUACAUACAUAGGCACACAUUGCAAGAGGGAAUACAUUCGACAAGUUCUUUCACUUUCAAUACUUUAUUUUUAAAAGCAAUUACUGACUUUUGCUCAAAUAACAAUGUUUAUGUGGUACUUUCACUAGGCUGCAUUUUUGUCUGUUUAUUUGUAUUUUACAAAGUAAAGUAUUGCGUACUUCAUCCAGCACUGCCGUCUUCAGAAGACCUAAAUAGCAGGUCUCAGAGGUUUGUUUGGAGAGGGUUAAUGACAUUCAAAUGUUUCAGUCACACCCUCUUCCACUUUGAAACAGACCAAUCAUAAACAAUACACCUCUGAGUCAUUUUUGCAGAAACGAAACGAUGCUUGUGUAACAAAGCGCGCCUUUCCUUCCUCGUCACAAACAUGGCAGAGCCUCACAUUCCCGUCAGCAUAAAUCACCUCUCUUGUCGAAUCUGCACAAAGCUUCUCAGGAAUCCCACCACCAUCCCCUGUGGACACAACUUCUGCCGGGAGUGCAUCGAGUGGUUUUGGAGCGGGGAGCAGAGGGACGUCAGCUGCCCUGAAUGUGGACAGAGGUUUCCCUCCAAACCCUGUUUGAUCAGGAACACGACUCUGGCUGAGAUGGUGAGAGACACGGAGACGGGUCCGAACAGGAAGAGGAAAGAAGAGAAGUCAGCUGAGGCCCAGCUGAAGAGAGGCCGGAGCAGCGCCACAGAGAACACUCUGUGUUGGCUCCACAACAAACCUCUGGAUGUUUACUGCUACACAGACUGGAAGAUCAUAUGUGCUGACUGCGCUGCAAUCAGGCACAGGGGACACACGUUUGGGCUGGUGAUGGAAGAGCGGAAAAGGAAACAGGGUGAGCUGAAGAUCUUGCAAACCAAACUGAUGGAGACGCUGCAGGAGCAGGAGAAACAGCAGCAAAACAUGAAGAAGAAGUUUAACCAGAUUGAGAAAGAGGCCAAGAAAACGAAGGACGACUGUGAAACAGUCAUAGUUGAAGUCACUGAUUGCCUUCAGAGACAUUACCUGUCUGUGAGGAAGCUGGUUGAGGAUCAGGCGAAGGCAGCAGCAGCUCAGAUCAGCGUUGCACUUGAGGACCUUGAGACGAAGAUAGAGGAGAAGAAGAAGAUGUAUGAUGAGCUCAAUCUCCUGGCACAGAGUGGCAACAGUGCCCUUUUUCUGCAGGAAUGGCCCACUAUGCAGAGUCACUGUGAAAAAGUCCUUCUGCUUUCCUGCAAUGAGAGCUCAGAGGACCAAAGUUCACAAUUUGAAGCUACAAAGAGAGCUAUAGAGCAGAUCGGCAGGAAGCUGGAGGACUUCUGUCACCAACAAUUUGCUUCAAUCUCUCAAAUUUCUUGUACUGGAGAAGGUUGGAAGGAGAACGUGGAGCCUACAACUAGAGAAGACUUUCUGCAGUAUGCCUGUGACCUCUCUCUGGACCCCCAAACGGCUCAUAAGGACCUGAUCAUCUCUGCUGAAGACAAACAGGUGAUGAGGUUGUCUGCCGACAAAUGCCAAAUCCCAGUUUCACUUCAUCCAGGGAGGUUCAUCCAUCGAUACCAGCUGCUCUGCAGGGAGGGCCUGCAGGCCGAGCGGUGCUACUAUGAGGUGGAGCUGGAAGGAGACAAGGCAGAGAUCGCCCUCGCGUACAAAGGAAUAGACAGGAAAAGCAGCACAAAGAAGUCGGCGUUUGGGGCCAAUGAAAGCUCCUGGAGUCUUGAUGUCUCUCGGACUUACUCUGUGAGCCACAGAUCAGAAAGCGUCGAGCUCACGCAAGAGCGCAGGGGGAAAAAGAUUGGAGUUUAUCUUAAAUUCAAGGAGGGAACUCUGUCUUUCUACGAGGUGUCGGAUAGCAUGAAGUUUCUGUACAAGGUAGAGACCCAAUUCACAGAGCCGCUGUAUCCAGGGUUCUGGCUCAACAAUAAAUGCAGCAUCAGGAUAUGUGAUUUGAAGCAACACAAGCAGUAGAUGUUCAGACAUUUCAGAUCAAAAUGUGGUUUCUAUACAGAACAGCAGCUCAGGCGUUAUGCCCUGUGACUUCAUGAUGGUUUGACAUUUCUUCUUUGUGGGUAAAAAAAUAAUGCACUGAUACUAUUAUUUAGCUUAUUUUCUGUUUUAGCUUCCUGUUUUUGAUUAUUGUUUUCUGGAUGGUUUUGUUCGGUUUGAAUAAGCUUCAGACUUGUCUGAAUUACAUGACAGAUCAGGUGGACAAAGCUAAAUGAUUUCCUUCAGUAUCUGUCACAGAUCUGGGGUUUAUGGGUUUCGUCUGUGUUUGCACUUUAACUAUUUUCUUAUUCUCUUUAGCCCAUUAUCUCAUAUGUCUCUUCCUUCCUCUGUAAUUAGUUGUAGUAGUUCCUUGACUCCUUGAUUACCUCUGUGUGUGUCUGUUGUUCUGCUGAGUUCUCUGUAAGUGUUUUUCAUUUAAUCAUUUUCAUCUUACGUCUGCCUUGCGUUACGUUGUAGUUUUGGUCAAAUUGAACAAAUCAUAAAAGUAUCAAACUAAAACAAAGGUAAAUUCACAAUUCAAAAGUUACAUUUUACAAUUGCAGCUGUCAAGUACGAAUAAAAUAACCACAUGAGAGAAAAUAGUCUCAAUUAUUCAAAGGUUGUCUCAUCUUGUAUCCAAGUCUAAUGAGAAAAUAUUUAUCCCAUCGCAGCUAUCAGGCCCCAGUGUGAGAACCAAAGCUUUAGAAAUGGCUUUCCAAUCAUUUCCAGGCCGAUCUCAUCUUUUUCUCAUCUUUCCUUUGAUUUCUGUCAGUUGGGACAAGAUGUGUUGCGUUUUUAAAUCUUUUAUCCUACUUCAAGUUGUCAGACUGGUUCUGUUUAGGCUAUUUCUUUAUUCUACUGGUGAGGCAGGAAUCAGUUAUCAAACAUGAACAGUAAAAAAACUGGUUAAUCACAUUUAAUUCACAAUAUAACAAGGAAGCAGUUAUAUUUUCCACAUAAUGCCAGGCAUUUUUUCCAUAACUUUUUUGAAUUAUUUGAAAACUGUAUGUCGUAUUUACUCAGAUUAUCUUUGAUAGUAAAAUUUGUUUGAUCUGAAA